GCUCCGCGGCCGCCGGCGCCACCGCCCACUCGGGGUUGGCUCGCGGCUGGCUGCCGGGGUGCAGAGCAGGGCCGGGCUAGGCGAGCGCACGGACAUGGCCCCGUGGCUGCAGCUCUGCUCCGUCUUCUUCACGGUCAACGCCUGUCUCAACGGCUCGCAGCUGGCCGUGGCCGCGGGUGGCUCCAGCAGAGCGCGGGGGGGCGCCGACACCUGUGGCUGGAGGGGAAUGGGGCCGGCCAGCAGGAACAGCGGGCUGCACAACAUCACCUUCCGAUAUGACAACUGUACCACAUACUUGAAUCCGGUGGGGAAGCACGUAAUUGCUGAUGCCCAGAACAUCACCAUCAGUCAGUAUGCUUGCCACGACCAAGUGGCAGUCACCAUUUUUUGGUCCCCAGGGGCCCUUGGCAUCGAAUUCCUAAAAGGAUUUCGGGUAAUACUGGAGGAGCUGAAGUCAGAGGGAAGACAGUGCCAACAACUGAUUCUGAAGGACCCAAAGCAGCUCAACAGUAGCUUCAAAAGGACUGUAAUGGAAUCUCAACCUUUCCUGAAUAUGAAGUUUGAGACGGAUUACUUUGUAAAGAUUGUCCCUUUUCCUUCCCUUAAAAACGAAAGCAAUUAUCACCCUUUCUUCUUCAGAACACGAGCCUGUGACCUGUUGUUACAGCCGGACAACCUGGCCUGUAAGCCCUACUGGAAGCCUCGAAACCUGAAUAUCACGCAGCAUGGUUUGGACAUGCAGGUGUCCUUCGACCACGCACCACACACCUUUGGCUUCCGUUUCUUCUAUCUUCAUUACAAGCUCAAGCAUGAAGGACCCUUCAAGCGAAAGACCUGUAAACAGGAGCAAAAUACAGAGACAACCAGCUGCCUCCUUCAAAACGUGUCUCCAGGGGAUUAUAUAAUUGAGCUGGUGGAUGACACUAAUACAACAAGAAAAGUGAUGCAUUAUGCCUUAAAGCCAGUGCACUCUCCGUGGGCUGGGCCCAUCAGAGCUGUCGCCAUCACUGUGCCCCUGGUCGUCAUAUCGGCGUUCGCAACACUCCUCACUGUGAUGUGCCGCAAGAAGCAACAAGAAAAUAUAUAUUCACAUUUAGAUGAAGAGAGUUCCGAGUCCUCCACCUACACCACAGCACUCCCCAGAGACAGGCUCCGGCCACGGCCGAAGGUCUUCCUCUGCUAUUCUAGUAAAGAUGGCCAGAAUCACAUGAAUGUCGUCCAGUGUUUUGCCUACUUCCUCCAGGACUUCUGUGGCUGUGAGGUGGCUCUGGACCUGUGGGAAGACUUCAGCCUCUGCAGAGAAGGGCAGAGAGAAUGGGUCAUCCAGAAGAUCCAUGAGUCCCAGUUCAUCAUCGUGGUGUGUUCUAAAGGCAUGAAGUACUUUGUGGACAAGAAGAACUAUAAGCACAAAGGGGGUGGCCGAGGCUCAGGGAAAGGGGAGCUCUUCCUGGUGGCCGUGUCAGCCAUCGCUGAAAAGCUCCGCCAGGCCAAGCAGAGCUCAUCAGCAGCGCUCAGCAAGUUCAUUGCUGUCUACUUUGAUUAUUCCUGUGAGGGAGAUGUUCCUGGCAUCCUGGACCUGAGCACCAAGUACAAACUCAUGGACAACCUUCCCCAGCUCUGCUCUCACCUGCAUUCCCAAGACCACAGCCUCCCAGAGCCUGGGCAGCACCCUGGACACGUCAGCAGGAGGAACUACUUUCGGAGCAAGUCGGGCCGCUCCCUGUACGUUGCCAUUUGCAACAUGCACCAGUUUAUUGACGAGGAGCCCGACUGGUUUGAAAAGCAGUUUGUUCCCUUCCAUCCUCCCCUACUCCGCUACCGGGAGCCAGUCCUGGAGAAGUUUGACUCAGGCUUGGUUUUAAAUGAUGUCAUGUGCAAACCAGGGCCUGAGAGUGAUUUCUGCCUCAAGGCUGAUGUGGCCAUUCCUGGUGUGCCGGCUGAUUCACACUUGGAGAGUCAGCAGCUCGGCCUGAAUGAAGAUGCAGAGGCUGGGGCCAGCCCAGGAGACGGCUCCGUCCUGCAGCCCCUGCUGCACACGGUGAAAGCUGUCAGCCCCUUGGGCAUGCCGCGGGACUCAGGCAUCUACGACUCAUCCGUGCCCUCCUCCGAAUUAUCUCUGCCCCUGAUGGAAGGGCUCUUGGCGGACCAAACAGAAACAUCCUCACUGACAGAGAGCGUGUCGUCCUCCUCAGGCCUGGGUGAGGAGGACCCUCCUGGCCUUCCGUCCAAGCUCCUCACCUCUGGGGCGUGUAAAGCAGAGCCCGGCUGCUGCAGCUACACUGGUGAACUCCACGCGGUCGCCCCUUUGUAACAAAAUGGAAGAGUCUAAGCAUUGCCACUUUAGCUGCCGCCUCUCUCUCUUCCCCAGCUCAUCUCUCCGGUUGUGUGGCCCACUUGGAGCUGAGAUCUCCUACAAGGAUGUUCCGCGUGAUACUUGUGCCAAUACUUGCUCUCCUUGCCUUGCCCCUGCCCUCCACCAGAUAUCUUGGCAAAAUCUCCAAUUUUGUAAAACCAUAUGGAACUCUGAAAGGCAUGUCCAUAAGGUUUGACAAAAGUUUGCCGUGUUAGGUCAGACCUUGGAUUAGAGCCAAUCCUGGGAGGUAGAGAGGGAACAUGUAAAGAGAAAUAGGAAAAUACUUGCACUGAUCAUUCAGACUUAAUUUAUCUCCGCAAACUUUGCCUGUUCACUGUUGGCUACUUUGAUUUGAAAUGCUUUGUAGAAAAAGCACUUUGAAUGCUAUUACAACCACAGAAACCAAGUGCCAGUCUAUCUGGAAUCCAUGUUGUUACAGACGAUGUUCCUGUUGGUUUUCGGUUUAGAACUUAUGAUGCCAUGGGUAUUAAAAAAGCUCUAAAUCGAAGGCCAAAAAUGGGAUUGAAUAUACAAUCAUCACUCAUAAAACGAGUCUUUAUGUGUCAGUGGGUGGCAUGGCUGGCUGAAGUGGUUGCCUCAGGACCAGGCUUACUUUCUAGACCAUUCUUUCUCAGAUGGGUUGGUCAAUGUGCAAAGGCACCAGAGCUCAGCACCCAGGGCCACCUCUUGGUCUGAGUAGGUGUCAUGGGAGGGCCAGAUCUGCCUGCCAGGCUUCUCUGUGGUACAUUUACUGCGCUGUAUCUCAGAUGUUGGAAGUUUGUUUUUAAGAGACUGAUAUGCCCCUGGACUGUAGUACUGGAAUUUGCAGUUCAUGUGUUGGUUGGCCUCUGGUCUAAAGCUAUGUUCAGAAAAUCAGGGAUCAGAAUCCAUUGAAAUAUGGCAGUGUGUGGAGGUGGUGGCCAGUUAAUCUGCUGAACUGGUUUUGACUAAUGACAAAACUUUUUUUAAGAAGGCGAAAAGGAGGGGACUGUCACAAAGAUGAAUAUGUUCUUCGAAUAUUGUCCAAAGGUAUGGGGCCUGAAAUCAUUAAAUUUUUGAAUUUUAAAGUACUCCCCCCAAGCCCAGCCUGUGAAUCAUGUUUCAUUUUGAGUUUCUCUUAUACUUCUUCAAUGAAAGAUUUGUCUCUUGUGCUCGCUCCUACCAAAACCAGGUAUUUAGAGCUUAGGAGGAAAGAAUUUACUUUAAAAAAAAGAAAAGUAAAUGUUCUGUUUUUAUCAGUGACUUCUCUGCAGAAUUCUGUUUCCAAGGGGAAAACACUUGUUCCCUUCUCCUUCCCAUACCCGUGAUGGGAUGUGGGCAUCUUUUCCCAACUUUUUCACAGGUACUGUGAAUUCGCCAUCCUGUUUCCUCAGCCUUCACACUAGGGACCAUGGUCUUGACUUCAGCAAACAGGACCAAUAUGAAGGAAGAUGCUGAGAAACAUCCCGAGUGGGAGGUGGGAUGGAGCCUUCUCCUUCCAAGCACAUGCUCGGCAGGUGGGAAGGGAAGGUUUACACCCUUCCUGGAAAGAAGAGGUUUGUGUGUGUUUUUGAUGCAAAUGCCACAGUCCCUGCUCUGUAAAGGCAGCUGGCAGAUUCUUGGGAGAAGAACGUGCUCGUCUGUUCUCUGGCAUCGAGUUUCCUGCAGCUGCUCUGAGGGAAAGAUAAGUGAGCAGCAGAGCUGCCUCCCCCAUAAAACCAGGCAUCUUGUUGGAGAAGAAACAUUCCAUGUUGCCACUGUGGAACACAGGACAGACACAGAGCUCCUGCCCACAUAUGACUUUUUUACUGGUCCGUCCUUGACAUGCAUUCUGUGAAGGAGAUCGAUCAGUCCAAACUUGCCACAAUACGAAAGUUCACUUUGGAACAUUAUCAGAGAGAUUUCUUACUGAGGUCAAGGAAUUGUGUGUGCCCCAAAGGAACCAUCAGGAGCCACUUUUAGGACAUUCAGGUUUACAUGUGAAAUGAGGCGUCUCUGAGAAAGUGGCCCCAGGAGCAGCAUGGAGGACUGAGGCAGGGAGAGCAUCAGCUGGGCUUUACGAGUGUGGGCAGAGAACUUGCCAAAUGAACCCAUUAAUUAUGAAAAUGGAAAGGGAAAAACGCACUAGUCCAAAAAUCAGGUAAUUUAUUAGUUUGGAUUUAGGGUUUGGUCACUUAUUUUGAAAUACUCAUGGUUGCGAUAGUCAACAACAUCAAACUGUUGUACCAAGUAAUUAAACCACGGUGCAAAUGCCUAACUCAGAAAAAGUUGAGAGGUCUCCAACUUCUCAGUUUUUCUUUACUAGUUUCGCUUUAUUUUUUCCCGCCCCUUCCAUCUCUUGCUGGGAAUGGGAAUUGUUGCCUUGUAGAUGAAGGCAAAACAUCUGUUUUAAGCAGAGCUUCAUUUUUUGGGACUCACAUAUUGUUCCAAACAGUGGAAAUGAUAAGAUGGAAUUCAGAUAAAGGUUCUGUAAGUCACAGACUUUUAGACAUUGAGGAAACAAGAACUAGAAUUUAGUGAUGAUCUCCAGAAAGUUUUUGAUCCUGAGAGUCAAAGGCUUAUGUAGCUAAGUUAGAUGGUGUCCCCUGAACAGGACAGGGAUAAGUCCAAGAUUCCAGGUAAGCAAGAAGCCUUCAGAUAGUUACAGGUAGGGAGCUAGUUGUUUAUCUUUACUCACCAAUGCUCUACAGAAAGGACUUAGCAUCUGAAACAGCUAUGCCAGGAGAAUGACCAGGGAGGUGAAAGCCCAGGUAAAGGUGUGCUUUUCUCUCAGAGAUCAACCUGGACAGGCCCAACUCAGCCACACAUCAGGCAGAAGGUACUAAGGGCCGAGUCUUGGGCCUUUAAGGCAUACUGAUGUGUAGAAAGAAUCAGAAAUCAUUCAGGUCCAGGCCCAGGUACUCAGGUGGGUGACCCAGCCAGGUAAUAGUAUUUUGAGCCCGAAAUGAGAUGGGGCCAUAAAGUCAUGAGACAGAGUUUUGGAUUGACACUGGCAAAAACGGAAGAUAGCCUCAGAUCAGAAAUUCAAAAAAUGUCUUAGCAACAGUGACAUCAUUGGAAUCAAUGUGUAGUAAUUUAAGUUUAUGUAUAUUUGUCAAAGUUUAAUCUUACUACUUUAUAGCCACAGAUGUCUUUUUUAACUAAUCCCUAGUCUCAGGUUUCCUUACUUAAGUACAAAUAAACAGAAAAAACAUCCCUCCGAGAACAUGGGUUUACGUGAUUUUCAGAGCUUCCCCCUCUCCCCUCAGGAUCAAGCAUCUUUUCUUUGAAAAGAAAUAAGGGAAGAAAAUAAAAGCCACUUUCUUCCUGGAGAAGAAACGACACACCCUCUUCUCCAAAGAGAGAAAACCCUGUUGUCUCCAGCCACCUGAACACUUUCUUUUGGCUCUCUUAAAGAAAUAGGAAUUGUUCUUCGUGCGUCUGUUGGAGAGAGGUGGACAAUGCCAAUGUGAAGGUUGUUAGCCUUUUCUGUUCCGUGUCGUUGGUGAAAACUAUUCCUCUCAACUUAACAGAUGGUAUACUUUCAGGGGGCACCAGUGUAGCAGGCCAGGUGUAACAAAAAAUAGGUGUAACUAACUAUAAAUGGCAAUGACAUGCCCCCUCAGUGUCAGGGAAACAGUAGGGCAUGGUGGGAUUGUAGCAAACCGAAAUGCUCCUGUCCUAGCUACAGGGGGCAGCUACUCCAGCCACUUGUGGCCACACAGUGUUUCCUGAUCUUCCCAUCUUUCAAGAGAAGCUGAGAAUCUGGAUUUUUAUAUGAAAAACUGGUUAGUUUUGGCAACUAAAUUAAAAAAAUUUUUUAAAUGCAUGCAGACCAAAUAGAACACAUGAGUAGACCUGAUUCAGCCUACUAACUGCCAGUGUGCCACCUCUGCUUUGUAAGAUUUAAAAUGAAAGGUAUCCAUGGUAAUUACAGAUGUCUGGUGCCACCAGAAAAUGUUUUCGCUAAAUGUUUCUUUUUCCCAUUGUUCCCCCAAAGAAAUUUGAUAUGGUUGUAAAUGUAUUUGAAAUGUUGUGAUUGUUUCUUUACGUCUCAUGGUAUCUUAAGAGAAAGGCAAGCCAGUUACUAAUUUUAAAAUCAGAUUUAUUUUCUCCAAAUUUAAAAAAUAUGACACUCGGAACAAUUUCACUUAAACUCCACAACCUGAAAGACCUUAUUUAUAGUUUUAGCUCUUGGCUUAAUCACUUUUUUAGAUCAUGUGCAAUUCUGGGCUUAGGACAAGACUUAAUAAGGAAAAAGCAGGCAUUGUGGGGAUAGGGCAAGGAAUCCUUGAGUAUACAGUGUAGCCAGGUAUUUGCAUUGUCUUCUCUGUUUUAAAUGAUCUGUGAAUUUACUCUGUUUUGGAGGCGUGAAAUCAUAUACAGGAGAAAAGCUUUCCCUGAUAUUGAGAUAUAAGUUAGGAGUCCUGAUGGAUUGUUGGGUCAUCCCUGCUAUAUCACCUCUUUUCCAGAUUCAGGGUGAAAAUAAACAAAAGGAAGUCUGACUGUAAGCCAAUAGCUUUGAUUCCGACUUCAGAGUUUGGGGGCUGGGAGAAAGUGUGGGUUAUCUAACAUGUUCCCCCUGGUGUCAGGACUGCACCUGAAUUAUUUCAGACAUAUGGCUGUGGAUGGGAUUCUGGAUUUUCAGCGAAGAAGAUUCUGUAUCCUAGCCUGCUGAUCAGAUAGUUCUUUGUACCUCUUCCUUACAGAAAUUCAAACCAGCCUUCUUUUGUUCAGCGUGUAGUGGAAAAAGAACAGCUGGUCACCUUCCUGUAUUUGAAAACCACCGUGAAGUCAUUCCCCUGGUGUUUUUAUUUCAGUGAUAAAUAAUCCCACCUACUUAAAUCAUUCUUCAUAGCUCUUGUUUUCCAAGGGCUUUAUAAUUUUCACUGCUCUUCUGUUUCCCAGCUUCACACUCAGUUUAGUUGCCCAAAUAGAAUGUGCCUUAUUCACAUUGGUGCUUUUUUGAAGGCCAAGCUCAGGAUGGGGAUUACAGGGAGAUUCUUAUGUGCCCUGCUUCUCUUACUACUUAAAAACAUAAUGGCACUUUUAAAAAAUGAUGUUUUACCUGUAUUCAUUCUGAGGAUUAUUCGAUUGUCAUGUUUUUUCCCCCUUGACAAUAGUCCUUUAUCAUAUGUGGUUUUAUUUUUAUUUUUUUCCUUCUUGUGGUUAAACACUCGGUGCUUAUGUGUUUAAUGUCAUUCCUGAGCUGCUUCAAGAUAUUCUUCAAGACCAGCUCUUCUGAGUGGCAGCUGUCCCUCCCUCUCAAUUUUAGAUUCUGUUUUUUAUGUAUCCUUAGACCUCACCUUUAAUUCAUGACUCACAAUAUUAUUGCGUGGUGCAGACUUCAGUCUAACCACUGGUGAGAGACAUCAAUUCCUAAGGGCUAAUUUGCAAAGUGGUCAAGUGAGAACCUCUUGGAAAUUUUGGUCGGUUGUCCUCCCUCCUGCUCUUUGGUUCCUGUCCAGAAUUCAGCUGGGACCACAGACUCUUCAAGGAGCUUUUUCAUUUUCUAAAGGGCUGCAGCCAUGACUCUGAAUUGAAUAAGCAGAAGUCUAACAGAAGCAAACCAUCAUGACUGUUUAUCUGUUUAUGUCAAAUAAAAUUUCGGUUGAGAAAAUUCAAAGAAGCAAUCUUUUGUUUGUAUGUGUUGUAGACAAAGCUGGCUGCUCCAGUGUAUAGACAAGAAAAAAUUACCAUUGGAUUAUACUAAUGUGUAAUCAAUCGUUUGUUAUUUUUUUAAGGUUUUUUUUUUUUUUUUUUUUUUUUUUUUGACAAAAAAACAUCGUCUGGACAGAGCAAAAACUUUGUAAAAACCAAAUGUGUUCGUUUAGAGAGUAGGUAACUUCUCUUUUCACUGUUAGUUUUCUUUGCCCCACUGUGGAAGCUCCUUGUUACUGUGUCCUGGAGGGAGCCUGUGGGAUACUGUGGUUAUUGCCACCGCCUUUGUUUGGUCUUUAAGCUUGUCCUGUGUGGGGCGGGGUGGAAUAGUGAGCACUGACAGACUGUAGCAGUGUGCUGUAUUUUUACAUUGAAAGCAAUGUCUUUUUUGAUUUGUACAUACUCUAAAUAGGUGACAGUAGAUCACAGCUGACGUUUGCAAAAUGUUUUUGUACCUUAGAAUUUCUGCAUCAAAUAAAAUGUUUUGUUUUAA